AAAAAAUUAAAAUGCGCAUGCGCAAUAGAGGCAAAGUUGCUGUCAUGGCCCCGUUCAUGGAGGCGUUGUGUUGUUAUGCUGUUCUAUUUCGACAAACUAGCAACAUUUCUGGAAGGACGCCGCUUUUUCAGCCACGCGGAGAUAUAGCCGAGUUUCUGUUUGGUGGAAACCCGUCAGCCUGCUCCGUUUUUACGUGCUGCGAAGACAGGUUCCCUGGAGACGUUCAUAUUUAAGCUGAAGGGGGGGAACAUGUAGCGUUGGAUUCUUAAAGGGACAGCAGUUGUUGAAUUCAGGAUGAAUGACAUGAACCUGAGUCCUGUGGGCAUGGACCAGCUGAGUGUGCCCUCAGUGAGUGCCAGCCACCUGGGUCUGCCCACUUCUCCCACUCACAAUCCCAUUCCCACCCCAGGCAUGCCGGUGGCCAUCCCCAGUCUGGGCCCGUCCCUCGGCUCUCUCCCCUCUGCUCUGUCCCUGAUGCUGCCCAUGGGUCCUCUCAGCGACAGAGGGGUGAUGUGUGGCCUGCCUGAGAGGAAUUACUCCCUGCCUCCUCCGCCGUAUCCCCACCUGGAGAGCAGUUACUUCCGACACUUACUGCCAGGUAUUUUGUCCUACCUGGCAGACCGUCCACCUCCUCAGUACAUUCAUCCCAGCAGCCUUAACAUGGACGGGACGCUGUCUGUGGCCAGCAACAACCCCUCCAGUCUGGACCCCUAUAGCGGGCCUGGGGGCCCUCUGGAGCAGGGCCUGGUGUCCUUGGACUCGAGGCAGGUCAGCGGUCAGGCAGACCUUCACCAGGCUGGUCCUCAUGAGCUGGACUCCACAGGGCUGGCCAUGGAGUCACGCGUUAACAGCCCGCUGUCUCCUGACCGGAUGGGGGAGGAGCUAGCCAGCAUGGACCGGGUGGUGGCGGUGGCGGUGUCUGACGCCCAGCAGCUCGGCGGAGGACGGCAGCCUCAGCCUCACGAGGGGGGGGUGAUGCCUCUCCACGGGCCCCCCGUGCUGGAACUGCCUGUGGUGAUGGAGCCGGACCACCUGGGAGGCAGAGUGGGAAGCUCCGGGACGGGAGGAGCUGGGGGCGGGGGAGCGGGAGGCGGUGGAAACGGGGGGCUCGGGGAGCAGCUCCACGGGAACGGAGAGAUGAACCCGAGCGUGGUGAGCGUGGUGCUCACCAGCUCCAUGUCCAACCCCAGCCAGCUGGAGCCCGUGUCUCUCCACGGACAUUCGGGGAUGGGGCUGGAGGCGGUCAACGUGUCCUCCAUCACCGCCGAGGUGGCCCUCGGCCCCGAGAACAACCUGGUCCUAGUCAACUCCACCCUGCAGCUGGAGGAUCCGGCUCCCAGCAAGGAGAACAUGGCCGCCCCCUGCUCCAUCUGGUGCACACUGUGUGAGCGCUCAUACGCCUCCGACUGUCCGGAGCACGGUCCGGUCACCUUCAUCCCCGACGCGCCGAUCCAAAGCCGGGCUCGCCUCUCUUUGCCGCGUCCGCUCUGCCUUCGCAUCUCUGUAACCGAUGAACCGCUUGGAGUGUUUGCGCGGGACGUCAUUCCUCCAAGGACCUGCUUCGGGCCAAUGGUGGGGCAGCACUGCAGCAACGUGGACCUCUCUGAUUGGCCAGAAAAGGAUACGCCUCAGAUCUGGAAGAUGUUUCACAACAACGUGCUGGAGUUCUACAUCGUGACGACCGAUGAGAACGAGUGCAACUGGAUGAUGUUUGUGCGCAAGGCGAGGACCCAUGAAGAGCAAAAUCUGGUGGCGUACCCCGCCAACGGGAAGCUGUUCUUCUGUACGUCCACAGAGAUUCACCCCGACCAGGAGCUGCUCUUCUACUACAGCCGAGACUACUGCAGGCUGAUGGGUGUUCCUCAGGUCCCCGAUGGCCAGAUCUGCCAGUGUGGCAAAGAGUGCUCGUCGUUCUCCGAGCUCAACAGCCAUAGCAGCAACCACAGCCAUAACCAGCCGGCACACAGUCACAGCCCAUCGCUGCAGGACCACGCCCAGACGCAACAGCAACAGCCGGCACCACCUCAGCAGCAACAAGAGCUGCAGUCACAGCAACACGUUCCACCCGAGGAAAAGCUUCUCAACAGCAGCUCCAGCGCCUCGUCCUCCCCGUGGCCUUGUAGCAACCCCGCCGCGGGACAGGCAAACGGCGAUAGCCGCAGCGCUAACAGGAACUCCAACAGCGUUACCUCCAGGGGGAGAGGCCAGGGCAGCGUGCGGGAGAAGAAGUACAAGUGCAGCAUGUGCUCUCGGGCUUUCAUCACUUCCACCAAGCUGAACGUGCACUUCAUGGGGCACGUAGGGAUGAAGCCGCACAAGUGCGAGUACUGCAGCAAGGCGUUCAGCGAUCCCAGCAACCUCAGGAUGCACCUCAAGAUUCACACAGGUCAGAAGAACUACAAAUGCACAGUUUGCGGGAAGUCGUUCACUCAGAAAUCUCACGUGGCUUCCCACAUGCUCAUCCACACCGGCGCAGAGAAGCUCAAGUGUGACCUUUGCGACAGAUCGUUCAUCAGGAAACAAGAUCUGAGACAACACAUGUUCUCUCACACAAAUGAGCGCCAGAUUCAGUGCACAAAGUGCAACAAGCACUUCCUGAAAACCAACCACCUGAAAAAACACAUGAACUCUCACGAGGGCAAGAGAGACUUUGUCUGCGAGAAGUGCCACAAAGCUUUUCUUACUAAAUACCACCUCACACGUCACCUCAAGAUCUGCAAAGGGCCCAAGAGAGACAGAACCACUCGAAAGGAACAGAACGUUUUCAAGGAAGAGGAGGAAGAAGAUGAGGAUGAGGAGGAGGACGACGACGAAGAAGAGGACAGCAGAGGGAGAAGAGGUGGAGACGAACUGAAUGAUGAGGACUAUGGUUUAGAUGUUGGAGGUUAUAGCUCUGAAAAGUCCCUGUCCCCUCCUCCUUGAAGACAGUGCCUCUUGAGAUGAUUUUAUUUAUUUAUAGUAUUUGCAAUACUAUUACUUGCUUAUCUGAUUUACCGCAUACUUCUAAAAUGAUCUGUCAAACCGAUGCCACAUUUUAUAACAUGACAUAAAAAUUCUUUUCAUUUUCUUUUGCCAUAUCAAUGCUGCUACAGUAUUUGUCGUAUCUGUAAAAUGAUGUUUCCUAUGCCCAACUUGUUGUUUAAUAUCUAUUUUUCCAGCUAGUUUUUUUUAUGAUAUCCUGACAUGGUGGGAACUGUUAUCCUAUUGGAUUUGCAGGAAUAACCGUUUUUUACUUGAUGAUUUAAAUUGUUGUAUGUCCUUGUUACGUGAACUGUUUUGUAUUAAAUCUGUCAUUUUGCUUGUGCUUGCAAGAAUGCAGAUAAAGUUGUCAUUUAUCAGAUGGUUGGUUGAUGGAUUUGCAAUAAAUGACAUUGGACAACAAG